AUGCGCGCGCCGCGGAGCCCGGCGCAGUCCGGCCGGCGUCCGGCGCAGGCGCCGACCAGAGCCCUGCUGGCCCUGGCCGCGUGCGCCCGGCGCGGAGCGGCCGCUGGCGCCUCGGAGGCGGAGCCGGCCGUUGGGCUGGGCGCGGCUUUGGGCCUGCCGAUGGGGCCCGCGGCCGUCGACUGGGGCGUCGGCAGCGAGCCCGCCGCCGCGCAGGACGAACAGGGCUUGCUGGCGCAGUCCUCGGACGCCGGUCCGAUCUCCGCCCCCUGCCGGUUCUGCAAGGAGCCGCGGCCGCCGGGCCUGCCGCCCGCGCGGAGGGCCGCCCUCUCCCGGGGAGGGCCGCCGGGCUCCGCGCCCGCCCGGGGGGCCCGCGCGGAGGCGCAGUUGGCGGCGGUGGACGCCGACGCGUGCUACGGCCUCGGACUGACGCCGCUGCAGUUUUUCGCAGCCGCCUCGUGCGGCUCCGUGCUGGCCAUCUUCUGCGUCACCGGGGCCCUUGCGGUGGGGCGGCCGAGGCGGCGCGGAUGGGCGGCACUGCCUGGCGAGGGUUCGUGGGCCGAGGACUCCCACGGGGGCGACCCCGACGUGGAGGGCGUCGAGCUGCCGGCCGCCUCGAGGCGGUGCAGCCUCGGCGGGGCCUCGGGGCCCUGCUGGCUGGCCGCGUGCGGCCCCACUGGCGCGGAGGGCCAGGCCCCGCGGAGGUCGAGCCGCUGGGGCGCCUCCAUGAAGGAGCUCCGUGGCGCCGCGCCGGUGCCGCCGCCCCUGCCGCUGGCGGACGAGACCGACGGGCUCCUCGGCGGAG